AUGGCGGAAAUGAUCGGAGCUCAUCCUCAAACUUCAGCACCUCCUCUGUCUUCGUCUCUGUAUCUUCUCCCUCUAGAAGACAAUCGUUCGUCGCAAAUGAAGGUGAAUUCGAAGAGGAAGCUUGAGGAUUACUUGGAUCCGAUUCUUCUACACGCGAUCUCGUCCAGAAUCAAUCAAGCGGAGACGAAGGAAAAGCAGAUGGAGAGGAAGGAUGUCUUCGUAAAUACGAAUCAGAGGAAGGAAUUCGAUUGGCCUGUUGACCGAUUAGAUCCGUUGAUCAACGAUCCGAAUCGCGACAAUGCGCGCAGUUCCGGGAUAGUAGACGGCGGAGCACGGUUCAUUCCUCCCGCCAUUCCAUCAUUGAACAAACGCCGUCGAAGUGAUUUCCCGGUGUGGAAGGUAGUGAACGAUAACAAACACGGUUGA